UUGUCAAUGUCAGAUGUUUUGAUUUUUGAGCGAGAUUAAAUCGAGGAAUUAAUUAAUUUAUUAGUUUAUUACAGGUUUCUCAACUAAAUAAUUGAUGUAGUUUCAAGUUAAUAUAGUUGUGAACCGGCUACAUGAUGGACGAAGAUAAAUUCGCUCUGGUUGAAAAAAUCAUAAAAGACGUGGACAAUGUUAUGAUGAAAAAUGCUGACUUAUACGCAUUUGACAUUGUGCCCGCCGAAGCGAAUUUUUGCAACAAAUCGCCUGUCCUACAUUUGUAUAAUUGCCUGGGGCUGGAGUCGUGGUGCGUGAAGCAUGUGUAUAUGUACUGCUAUUCAGAGCUCAUGGAUAAAUACUUCGCGAAGCUAAAACGCAAGGCCCUGAAGCCAUCAUCAAUAAACUGUGAGAGGCUAACUAGGUUACUUAACCUAACUCUACUCAUCAACCCUGAGCUGACAUCUUUGUGGAACAAGAGACGCGAAAUGGUCCUAAAAUCUUUUCUAGAAAAGACAAAUGAAUUACAAUUUACUAGACUUGUACUCUCAAGAAAACCCAAGUGCAAUGAUGCUUUCUCUUAUCGAAGAUGGAUUUUGGAAGCUAUUUUAAAAGAUGACACAUUGCAGAGCAAUUUUAUUGAUAAUCUCAUAACUACAGAACUUCAAAUAUGUGAGUUGGCUUCAGACAAGAGUCCCAACAACUACCACAGCUGGAAUCACCGCAUCUGGGUUGUAAACAAACUCAAAUCUAUCAAAAACUUUGACUUACACUUCCUUUACAUCAAGGAGUAUGAAUUUUCAGAGAGAUGGACAUCCAAACAUGUGUCAGAUUAUAGUUGUUUUCACUACAGACAGUUUUGCAUUAAAAAUAUAUUUUUAAUAAAUUCUGACCGAUGGCAUUCCUUUGAAAAUACUAUCAAUUGUAAUUUAAGGAAGAGUUUUGUCAGGAUACUGUCAGAUAACUUCCCCAACGAUGUAACUAUUCAGGCUUCUGAAGAUGACCUGUUGUCAUAUUCAGAGGAGAAUUUAGUCAAUCUACUUCUUUGUUAUACAAGCAAGACAUGCGGUUGUGCUAUGGACCAUGUUCAGGUGUGUAGGAAACUAGAGAUUUUAUUUCACGAGUUGGUGUUGAAUAGUGAGUUGUUAAGGUUUUAUAAGUAUCAUGAAACAAUGUGGUAUCAUAGAAGGUUUGUGGUGCAUGAAAUAAUGAGUAUAAUGUAUGAUCACUUUGGUGUGGCCAGACAGAAUGGAGCUUUAGUCAAGGGAAGCUGUGGAGUGUGUAGUGUGGACGAAUCCAGGCAAAAACAAGCUAAGAUUGUAAGGUAUGAUAGCAAUCGUAUCUAUUCCAGUGUUCUAUUCAAUAUCUUAAGGAAUCUUGAGAAUAAGUUUGUUGAAGAGAGGCAGAAAGAUGACGACAAUUAUGCAUGUAGGCAUGAAAAAUACUUGAGAUUUGUUGAGGGUCUUAACAAUGUGAUGUGAUUUUUAUGAAUGAAAAUUUUAAAAUUAUAUGCAAAUUAAAUAAUGUUUAUCUACAUUUAUAAAAAGAUAUUCAUAAAAAUCUCUUUAAUACUCUUGGAUAUUGCUGCCUAUAACAAUGAUUGCAAAUAUAAUAAAGUGAUCCAAAGCAGCAUUGUCUGUAAAAAACUGUACUGUAAUAUUAUGUAUUUUAAAUAUAUUUCCAUUUGCAUUUUUAUAUAAUGUACACAUCAUUAUGAAUGAAGUAAUAAAUGACGGAGCUAGAUGAUUUUAGAUAGGAUAGGUGAGAAUGUAUAAAAAUAGAUUUCACCAAAUUCUUUAUUCUAAGUAGUUGAGCUAGUUUGUAUCUAAUUUGUUUUGUUUGUUUUUACCAAUAUUUAUUUAU